ACAAACAGAGACACCUGUACACACACACAGACAUGUACAUACAGACUCAGAAACAUGUACACAUACAGACACAUGUACAUACAUACACAGACACAUACACACACAUACAUGUACAUACACGUAGACACAUGUACAGAUACACACAUGUACAUACACACAGACACAUGUACAAUUGUACAUGCACACACAGACACACACACCCCCCCUCCCCCAUAAAAAGUUGUGAUACUUCGUUGUUCACUCACAGAUCCGGGUACUGCACUCUAGGGGGAGGCAGAGAGCACAGCACACACUCCUUGCUUUGCUUUCACUGCGCUCAGCUAUUGAGCAGUCUGACCGCUCCCAGUGCCAAUGACAGAUCCGGCCUGAGCUCCGAGACUGCUCAGCAAGACAGCCCUGGGGACACACUCGCCCCCACCAUAAUUUCCAAUCGCCAUUGGCGAGCAGGCAAGUGGAAAUUUCAAGCCCUGCUU